ACUACUGAGUCUGUGGCAGCCACCGAGACCCUGGCUGAGGUACCUGAACAUGUACUCCGAGGACUUCCGGAGGAAGUGAGGCUGUUCCCAUCUGCUGUGGACAAGACCCGGCUUGGUGUCUGGGCCACGAAACCAAUUUUAAAAGGCAAAAAAUUUGGGCCUUUUGUUGGCGAUAAGAAAAAAAGAUCUCAGGUUAAGAAUAAUGUAUACAUGUGGGAGGUAUAUUACCCCAAUUUGGGAUGGAUGUGCAUCGAUGCCACUGAUCCAGAGAAGGGGAACUGGCUGCGAUAUGUGAACUGGGCUUGCUCAGGAGAAGAACAAAAUUUAUUUCCACUGGAAAUCAACAGGGCCAUUUAUUACAAGACUUUAAAGCCAAUCGCGCCUGGCGAGGAGCUCCUGGUCUGGUACAAUGGGGAAGACAACCCCGAGAUAGCAGCUGCGAUUGAGGAAGAGCGAGCCAGCGCCCGGAGCAAGCGGAACUCUCCGAAAAGCAAGAAAGGGAAGAAAAAAUCCCAGGAAAAUAAAAGCAAAGGAAAUAAAAUUGAAGAACUAAAGCUGAAGACAAGCGAGCUAGAUCCCACCCCUGCAAAUAUGAGAGAUUCUGCAGAAGGCCCUAAAGAAGAGGAAGAGAAGCCUGCCGCUUCAGCAGCUGAGCAGACACAUGUUCUUCAGGAGGUGGUUAGUCGGGGUGUGCUUCCAGAAGAAGCAGUUCCAUCCCCUGCCUGUGAGCCACAAGCUGAACCAGACGAGAAACCUGAAGCUGCCUGUUGUGAGGUGAAUGAAUUGGAAGAAGAAGAGGAGGAAGAAGAGGAGGAAGAUGAUGAGUUGGAAGAAGAAGGGGAGGAAGAGGCUGACUUGCCAAAUGAAAGUUCUCUGAAGGAUCCAGAAAUACGUUGUGAUGAGAAGCUGGAAGAUUUAUUAGAUGAACCAAAAAAUACUUCAGCAGAAAGUCUUGAAGACUCUCCAGAGGUAACGCCUGGUAUAAGGAUUCCUAAAGCUAAAGGAGAGCCCAAUGGGGAUGUAUUUGAAACGUUUAUGUUUCCAUGUCAGCAUUGUGAACGGAAGUUUACAACCAAACAGGGGCUUGAACGUCACAUGCAUAUUCACAUAUCUACAGUCAAUCAUGCCUUCAAGUGCAAGUACUGUGGGAAAGCAUUUGGCACACAGAUUAACAGGAGGCGGCAUGAACGUCGCCAUGAAGCAGGCCUAAAGCGAAAACCCAGCCUGACACUACAGCCGUCAGAAGAUCUCAUUGAUGACAAAGUAUCUGGAGAGAAUGUCACUCCUAAAGAUGAAUCAAAUUCUCCCAGUCUUAGGCAAGACUGUCUGAUCUUGAACUCAGAGAAAGCUUCCCAAGAAGCAGUCAGUUCUUCACUUGUAGAAGAGAAUGGAGAAACUAAAGAACUUCAUCCAUGCAAAUACUGUAAAAAGGUUUUUGGAACGCAUACUAAUAUGAGACGGCAUCAGCGGAGAGUUCAUGAGCGUCACCUGAUUCCCAAAGGGGUACGGCGAAAAGGAGGCCUCCUGGAAGAGCCACAGCCCCCAGCAGAGCAGACCCAACCCAGCCCAAAUGUCUAUGUACCAAGCACAGAGCCAGAAGAGGAAGGAGAGGCCGAUGAUGUAUACAUUAUGGAUGUCUCUAGUAAUAUCUCCGAAAACCUGAAUUACUACAUUGAUGGGAAAAUUCAAACUAACAACAGCACCAGUAAUUGUGACGUCAUUGAGAUGGAAUCGAAUCCAGCUGAUUUGUAUAGCAUCAACUGUCUGCUUACUCCGGUUACCGUGGAAAUUAGUCAGAAUAUAAAGCCCGCACAGCUCCCUGUAACCGAGGAGCUUCCUAAAGAGCCCUCCAGUGGCACAAACAGUGAGUCCAAGAAACGGAGAACUGCCAGUCCGCCUCUGUUACCCACAGUUAAAGCUGAGACCGACUCGGGCCCCGUCACACCCCCAUGCUCCUUAAGUCUGCCUCUUAGCAUAUCAACUACAGAAACCGUGUCUUGUCAUAAAGAGAAAAGUGUUUAUUUGUCAUCAAAGCUCAAACAACUGCUUCAAACCCAGGAAAACCUCACUCCUCCUGCGGGAGUCUCAGCACCCGAGAUGUCCAAAUUGGGUCCGUGUCCUGUGUCUGCGCCUACGUCACUGUUACCGGUGAGCUCGAGUCGAUUUAAGCGGCGUACCAGCUCCCCUCCCAGCUCUCCACAGCACAGUCCUGCCCUUCGUGACCUGGGGAAGCAAAGCGACGGGAAGGCAGUGUGGAACGAGGCAGUACUGGGUUCCAAAAAACCCAAAUUAGAAAGUCAUAGCGACUCACCAGCCUGGAGCGUGGCCACCAGGGAUGAGCAAGAGACUGUGAGCCCUCCGUGUUUUGAGGAGUAUCAAAUAUCUAAAGAGUGGGCAGCCACUUCAACUUUCAGUCAUGUAUGCAACCAGCAGCCACUGGAUUUGUCCAGUGGUGUUAAACUGAAAGCGGAGGGUGUCGGCAAGACUCCUGUGCAGUGGGAGUCUGUACUAGAUCUCAGCGUGCAUAAAAAGCCCUGCGGUGACUCUGAAGGCAAAGAACUCAGAGAGAACCAUUCAGGGCAGCCAGCCUGUAGUGCUGCAAAGAAAAAGAAGCCAACCACCUGCAUGCUACAGAAAGUUCUCCUCAAUGAGUACAAUGGUAUGGACUUACCUGGAGAAAAUACUACAGAUGUGACCAGAAGCCCAAGUCCUUGUAAAUCACUAGAGAUCCAGGCAGAGCCUGACCUUGGUCCUGACUCUAGUUCAUCGGCCUCGACUGUUGAGUCCUCACCAGAUGUUUCUCCUUCAUCACCUGCCCCGCAGACAUCUUCCCUGUCUUCUGGUCAGCUGCCUCCUCUCUUGAUUCCAACAAACCCGUCCUCUCCUCCACCAUGUCCUCCGGUCUUAACUGUUGCCACGCCACCCCCUCCACUCCUUCCUACGAUUCCCUUGCCUCUGCCGGCCCGCUCCUCAGAUGCAUCUCCCCCUCCAUGCCCCUCACCCCUCUCCAAUACGGCCACACAGUCUCCACUUCCGAUUCUUUCCCCGACUGUAUCUCCCUCUCCGUCUCCCCUCCCUUCCGGAGACCCGCUCUUGUCUGCUGCAUCACCUGGGCCACCGACACUUUCUUCGUCAUCUUCUUCCUCCUCCUCCUCCUCUUCCUCGUCUCCCUUCUCUUCCUCCUCCUCCUCCUCCCCUUCCCCACCUCCUCUCUCGGCAGUGUCAUCUGUCAUUUCCUCUGGGGAUAAUCUGGAAGCUUCUCUCCCCAUGAUGUCUUUCAAACAGGAAGAGCUGGAGAAUGAAGAGCUGCAACCCAGGGAAGAGCUCCAGUCUUCAGUUGAACAGGAUGUUGUUCAGGAAACAUUCAACAAAAAUUUCGUUUGCAAUGUCUGUGAAUCACCUUUCCUUUCUAUCAAAGACCUCACCAAACAUUUAUCUAUUCAUGCUGAAGAAUGGCCCUUCAAAUGUGAAUUCUGUGUGCAGCUGUUUAAGGAUAAAACUGACUUGUCAGAACAUCGCUUUUUGCUUCAUGGAGUUGGGAAUAUCUUUGUGUGUUCCGUUUGUAAAAAAGAAUUUGCUUUUUUGUGCAAUUUGCAGCAGCACCAGCGUGAUCUCCACCCAGAUAAGGUAUGCACACACCAGGAGUUUGAGAGUGGGACCCUCAGGCCCCAGAACUUCACAGACCCAAGCAAGGCCCACGCGGAGCACAUGCAGAGCUUGUCAGAAGAUCCUUCUGAAACAUCUAAAGAGGAGGAGGACUUAAAUGAUUCAUCUGAAGAGCUAUACACAACCAUAAAGAUAAUGGCUUCUGGAAUCAAGACAAAAGACCCGGAUGUUCGGUUGGGUCUCAACCAGCAUUACCCAAGCUUUAAACCCCCUCCAUUUCAGUACCAUCACCGAAACCCCAUGGGAAUUGGUGUGACGGCCACAAAUUUCACCACCCACAAUAUUCCACAGACUUUUACUACUGCCAUACGCUGCACAAAGUGUGGGAAAGGUGUUGAUAACAUGCCUGAGCUACACAAACACAUCCUGGCGUGUGCGUCUGCCAGCGACAAGAAGCGGUACACCCCUAAGAAGAACCCAGUCCCUUUGAAACAGACGGUGCAACCAAAAAACGGCGUGGUGGUUUUGGAUAACUCUGGGAAAAAUGCCUUCAGACGCAUGGGACAGCCCAAAAGACUGAACUUCAGUGUCGAGCUCAGCAAAAUGUCAUCUACUAAACUCAAGUUGAAUGCAUUGAAGAAAAAAAACCAGCUUGUGCAGAAAGCAAUCCUUCAAAAAAACAAGGCUGCCAAGCAAAAGGCCGACUUAAAAACGGCUUCUGAGUCCUCCUCUCAUAUCUGUCCGUACUGCAACCGAGAGUUCACUUACAUCGGAAGCCUGAAUAAGCACGCCGCCUUCAGCUGUCCCAAAAAACCCCUCUCUCCUUCCAAAAAAAAAGUAUCUCAUUCAUCUAAGAAAAGCGGACACUCAUCGCCCUCAAACAGUGAAAAGAACAGUAACAGCAACCAUCGCCGUCGGACGGCAGACGCAGAGAUUAAGAUGCAGAGCACGCCGACACCCCUGGGCAAGACCCGCGCUCGCAGCUCCGGCCCUGCGUCCAACUCCUUGCCCUCCUCGUCCUUCCGGUCCAAGCAGAAUGUCAAGUUUGCGUCUUCAGUGAAGUCAAAGAAGCCAAACUCCUCCUCUUUAAGGAACUCCAGCCCGAUAAGAAUGGCCAGAAUCACGCAUGUUGAAGGGAAAAAACCCAAAGCGGUGGCCAAGAACCAUUCUGCCCAGCUCUCCAGCAAAGUGUCCCGGAGCCUGCACACGCGAGUCCAGAAAAGUAAGGCUGUUCUACAAAGCAAAGUCCCCUUGGCGAGUAAGAAAAGAACAGACCGGUUCAAUAUAAAAUCUAGAGAACGGAGUGGGGGGCCAAUCACCCGAAGCCUACAGCUGGCUGCUGCCGCCACCGCGGACCCAGAGGAAAACCGGAGGGAGGAUCUCAGUGCCAAGCAGGAGCUGAAGGACUUGAGCUACAGUCUCCGCCUGGCAUCCCGUUACCCACCUCCAGCAGCCCCGUACAUCACCAGGCAGUGCAGGAAGGUCAAAGCCCCUGCUGCAACCCAGUUCCAAGGACCCUUCUUCAAAGAGUAG